CUUGCAUUGAUAUCUAGUGAUCGGAACUCAUGCUCGUAUUGUCGCCGUUCCAAAGCCAGUCUGUGCAAACAAAAGCAGUUGGGACGGAAAUGGGAGUUUCGGCGAUCGAACGCCGUGGGGUAAGCCCGACGGACGCGGCGCAAAAAUCGCACGUCGUGUCAUGGACAGAGGCUGUUGAGAUCACCGAGACAUGCAUGGCGCACGAUGCGUAAGACAGGCUACACGCCGUGGCUGUCUGGCCAGACAACAAAGAUCCAAUCCGCCUUAGUGCAUUGGCCGCAGAGACCUUGCUCAGUUUAUUUGCAAUCUGAUUGGUCUACCUGAUUCACCCCUUUGGUGCUUUUGUUCACAUUGGCUAAGCCCGGCCACGUCAGACCAAUCAGUGGGCAGCCUAAUGACACUGACUCAUGCGAGUGAAGGCCUUGACACCCGCGCUUGGUCGUCGUCCUAGCUGACGCUGCUAUCCACGCGGCACUUUCUCUCGGCUUGUGGUUUUUGCCGAUCGUUUUUGUAGCUGUGACAUGGGCGGUUCUUUCGGAAAAUUUACUCUCCCUACCGUAGAAGACAGGAUCAAAGCUGAUACGGCCUCUGAGCCACCUCGUGCUGAACCGGCAAAAGAAACCGCUUCUCAACUAGUCAACGGCGAUGCAAAUGCCAUGUGCAAUGUUCCACCUAUAGACGAACCGUUUGAGGAGCCCGAUUCAUGGAAGGAAAGCUCGCAUAUCCAACCCACCACAGACCCGGCUGCAAAAAGCACGCCUAAUGGUGAUCAGUCAGUGGCGAAUGGCACUCUCGGAUCAACUGACAGCGCCACUGAAACUGACCACGGUAAGAAGAAAAAUAAGAACCCCCUGGGUUGGAUCAAACGUCGUCUUUCCAAAAAGAGUAGCGAGACUAAUCCACCAACCACUGACCAAGCAGCUGUUCCGGAGGGCGUUCAGACUCCGGUACACGAAAGACCCGAAGAUAGUCUCGCUGUUCCCGACACUCAGACAUCUUCAGAUCAAACCCCAGAGAAGCAGGCCGAAAUAACCGAGGUAGCAAUCUCUCUGGUAGACGACGUUCUGUUGUCGGCUAUUACCGCACAAACAGAAGAGGCUGUCGAAAACAGUCCAAAAGCUGAAGGGACGAGCGCGGAAUCCCAGGUGCCGCCGGAGCAACCUGUGGAACAUCAGCCCUCCACGGACACAGCUCCCGAACACACACCACACCAAGAAAUCGAACCAGCAUUAUCUGAGCCACCGCCAGAGGUCCAGUCCUGUUCGUUAAACGGCGACCACAGAGAUGAUGAGGCUGUCGAUAAGUCUGUGGACAUGGAUCAUUCCUGUACAGAUAUGGAGGAGCGUCCCCGGACAACAGAAGCCCAGUCCAACGUGAAUCACCCUGACGACGAAGCGGUGACAACCAAACUAGGCGGCAUGGAAUUGACAAACGGACACCCACAUGAGCUAACAAACGUGCAUGCUGAUUUUCUUUCAUCCAAUCCGGAAACCUCGUUGUCACCCUGUCUUGAGACUACUUCAUUCUCAUUUCCUAAACCGCAAUCAACAGUUCUGGAUUGGUUGCCUCCUCGCUUGGCAAUCGUUCUUCUGGGACCUCCACCACGUAGUCUGCGUCGUUUCAUUUCCGAUUUCUCCAGCUGA